UGCUGUUUUCCCCUUCUUUUGCAGACAAAAAGUUCAGAUGCUCAACAAAUGGUUGUAGUGAAUCCUUAAACAGCAUGCAAGACCUAAUGAGCCAUCUCAAGGCCCAUUACAAACCUAAUCGCUACUUUAAAUGUGAGAACUGUAUGCAGCAUUUCCGCACUCACCGAUCCCUGUUUAAGCACCUCCAUGUGUGUACUGACAACUCUAGACGCUCAGGGUCCCAAAGCACCACCCCACUGUCUUCUCCAGCUGAUGCUAAACCUGCAAUGCCAGUGGGACCAGUGGGUCGCCACACUAGUGUUAUCCAAUGUAUCAAGAAGGAAACCCCUUACCCAGUGUCUGAUGAUAUUCCUACGACAUCCAUUGCUUCAGCUUCCACCCUUCCUGGGGGUCACCUUCCCUCAUUGAGCAAUCUGGUCUCUCAGGCUACUAAUGCCUUUCCUAUUCUUGACCCUUCUCUGUUUACGGGCCGUCUCCCAGGUCCAUCCCCAUCAUCUGUUACUGGAUCCUAUCUUCCUUAUAUCCACCCAUCCGCAUACAGCUUACCUCAGGCUACCAUCUCGCAGAGACUAAGACCGUUCCUAGCAAACCAAGGACUGCCUGCUUCCAACGCCAUGUGGAAGAAGAACCAAGGGCAUUUAAACAACAGUCGCAUAGUUUGGGAGCACACACGGGGCAGCUACAAGUGUAUGCAAUGCAGCUUUUCAACAGCAACUAGGGACCAAAUGGAUAAACACAUUGAGGCCCUCCAUAAGAACCCUCCCUCCAGCAGACUUCAGGAUGAAAUAGAUUAUGACCUUGAACUUCUCCCUUUCCACUCCAAGCUCCCUGCUGAAAUGGACUCCAGUCUCUUACCCCAGGUCUGAUGGGCAGUACACUAGCAGCUUUUACCCUUUCUUACAGACUGUGUAACACAAUUGAUGACUGACUGUCCAUUAGUGAAAACAAAAUCCAACUGCUCUACUUUUAAGAACAAUAAGAUGCUUUGACAGGGACAAUGGAUGCUGAACAAUAGGAUGUAUGGACAUGUAUUGAAGAAACUCAAGCGGAAGGCACAUGACAGUCCUUUGUUUUUUUGUUUUGUAUUUUCCCCCCUUCUGUAAUUUUUGAUGUAUAAAUCAGAUAAGCUUAA